UAUUUUGAACUGUCCAACACUAAAAUAUCCGUGAAAAAGGCUAACCGGUGACAACUCUGAUGUCGCAGCAAAAAAAAAGUUGCAAUUGAUCUUAGACGCGCACAAAAAGGUUAAGAGGAAGUGGAUUACGACAAAUAGUACGCUGGGCGAUGGAUGUAGACACGGGUUCGAAGGACAAGCGUCCGGGAACCCAGGCUGACCUGCCUGCAGGGCCACCCGGCGUGGACGAGAAAAGCGGAAACGAAAAAAGUGAUGACAGGAGUGUUAGGUCUGGAAAAAACCGCAAGUCGAACUCUCGGCGGCGUUCAACGUCACGGCGGCGCUCCUCGUCUCGUGGUCGCCCCGAUUCCCGUAACGCAGGAUCUCCACCCGCACGGCGAAGGCGCUCGGUGUCGCGCUCGCCAACUCCCCCUCGCAGGGGGCGUUAUGACUCGCCAGACUUUGGUCGGUAUCCUCCCCGCCGGCGCUUCGAUCGCGAUCGCCGUCGUUCACCUGAUCGGCGACGUUCUCCACCUCGUCGAGGCAGGCGAUACGGACGCUCCCGCUCACGAAGUAUCUCUCCUCCGCGGCGAGGCGGUCGCGGAGUGAGUCCGUCUGGACGUUGGUCUCCCAAGAAUAAGCCAGCUUCGCCCCCUCAUCCGCCGCCGCAUCAGCAAGUUGGAGCACCUUCGCAAAUGAAUCCUGGCUAUGGAGUCAUGCCACCCCAAAUGUAUGGCCAGGGAACUUACGGCGGUCCUGCGGACGUUUACGGCCAUCAGUAUGGUAUGCCAGCCAACGCGUUUCCACCACAGGGACCGCAACCAGGAUAUGUAAUGCCAGGUCCCACUGGUCAGCCCAAUUUCGGAGCUCCCUAUGGGCCACCACCCACGGGCGCUUGGGGCGUAAAUGAAUACGGUCAACAGGUCUGGAUGCAACAGCCGCCUCCAGGUCCGGAAUCGCUAGCACCGCCACAGCAGUCGGGCCAAGAAGUUGCACCCAUCAAGCAUCUUGAGGAGGAGCAAAAAGCGCCUGCUAUCGAUGGUGCAGGUUUGCCGCCGUCGGACGCCGUUGCUCAGGAGGCUGAGAAGCAGAAGGACGAGCUCAAGAAACAGCGCGCAAACUACGUUAAGAAGGUGACGCUUCUUAAAAAGGAAAUGAAGGUCCUUAAGGAACAACGGGAGGACUUGGCUGCCGGCGAAGCUCCGCCCUCUCCUACCACAAAGAAUUUUAUUGAGGAAAACGAUCGCCUGCAGGUGCAAAUUAAGAAAAAGCUCGACACUAUCGAGAAUGUUAUUGACAUGUUAAACGGCAUCAUUGGAUACGAAGAUGAAGAAAUGCCGAAGCCCAAGCCCGUGGUAAAGCCUGACCCAGAACCCGUAAGCCGGUCCCACACUUCAAGCGAAAGUUCCGGCGACAGUUCGGACUCCAACUCAUCGUCAAGUAGUUCAUCGGAGUCCUCCUCCGAUGGGGAGGGAGAAGAAAAUGGUGAUGCGGAAGGCAGUCCCACUAACCGACUCAAGCACCACGCCAUCAAGACCAUGAAAACCAGGCAGGGUGAUGCAAAGCCAGCCACAGCUGCGGCACAAAAUUACAAUUUUGUGUUUUUCGAUCCUGAACAGCAUUGGUGCGAGAACUGCAAUGUAUUCCCGAAAUCUGCCCGCGAUUAUUUGAAGCAUCUGCAUUCCGAGGAGCACAUGAAUCGUGAAACCAUAGAGACUCCAUGGCACGUGGGCAUCGAUCACGAUCCCUUUCCGACAUAUGAGAAUGUACCUUCCAAGCGCGUGCCGGUUCGUGGUAUGCAGUUUCUUGUCCCAGCCAACGCCUGGUACUGCAAACUCUGCAGUGUUUGGAUUGGCGACCUCCAUUGCGCUUCCGCUCAUCUCAAGUCGAGGCUCCAUUCAAACAAAUACGAGUUGUUUAUUGAACAAACUCCCAACUAUGAAAUCGAGUGGCAGACGAAUCGCGAACGUGCCCAUCAACAGCAGAAGGAUCGCGAUGAUUCAAAGAGUAAAAAGAGCAAGAAGGACGAAGACAAGACUUCCAAGAAACGGAAGAAAAAGAGCGACAAGAAAAAAAAGAAAAAGAAGCACGGAAAGAAAAGCAAGCGAAGCGCUACUGACGCGAACAGCUCAUCGUCUUCGUCGGAAAGUUCUUCGUCGGAGGACGAACGGACUCAUCAGCCAAAGAAGGAGCGCAUUGAUGAGCCAUCAGGUGUUCCCAAUGAGAAGCCGGCGAACCCCAAUUCCAUUCGCGUCGCCCCGCGGAAACAGGAAGCUGCACCGGUGAGCUCCGUCAAGCCAGAAACACAUUCACAUUCGGCGGCGCCGCCUCCUCCGGUUAUCAAGGAUUCCAUGAACUCAUCAGCGCGUGGUAAAUGGACGUCGGCCGGUGGUGGCGGGGGCGGGGAGGAGCCAGUGGAGGGGCAAAAGAAACGGGAUGAAGCCAAUCUGCAGCAGUGGAACACCGUUCAGCCUGUGAUAAGUGAGAGCGAAAAGAAAUUAUUGGAACAAUUAAAGGGGAAGCUAAACAAGAACAAGUCGUCUCGGGAAACGGAGGAGCAUAAGAGCGUGGCACCGCACUCGACCGCCGCUGCGGAUGACAAAUCAAAGCGUUCCAGUAGUCGCCGGUCGCGCAGUCCCAGGCGGCGUAGUCGCUCUCGGAGUUUGAGUCGCGGUCGCAGCGACCGAGAUCGUCGGGAUCGAGACCGCGACAGAGAUCGCUAUCGUGAUCGGGAGAGGCGGCGGUCUCGCAGUCGUUCCCGGAGUCGCGGACGCAGACGCUUCUCGAGAUCACCCAUAAGAUCCAGUCGGAGGAGUCGGUCGCGUGAUGGUCGUCGUCGUCGCAGCCGCAGCCGUUCGGAAGAGAGGGUGGAGCGUCCAGUGGUCAAGCAUUCCGAGUUCCGACCCCGCACUGUGCCUGAACGCAAGCCGGAAGCCAAGAAGGAGAAAAAGGACACGGACGGCAAGCCGAAGGUAGCAAAGCCCACUGUGACCGUGGCUCCUGGUGGAAAGAAGUUGCCUUUUAUUGGAAAAAUGCCAGUGUUCAAGAAGCAGCCGGUGGCCGCAACGAAUUUCGACCCUACGGCGUACACUAAUGGCAACUUUGAGGCGCCUCCGCCGCCGCCUCCUAUGGUGGGACCGCCCGGCCAAAUGGUGGCGCGUCAUGCCGCUCCCACAGCAGCUCAAAUUCAGAUGGCUAUGAUGGAGGACGCCUUUGGCAAUGCACCUCCCUUCCACCCCGAUGCUGGUAUGAUGAUGGACUACGACGAACUCAUGCCUGAUCCGGUGCAGUUCGCCAACUUGAUGACCAGCUGCCCGCCACCACCGCCUCCGGGCGAUGGCUCUGAUGGAGAAAACCGGGAGAAGGACGAAGGAGAGUCGGAAGGCGAAAGUGGAGAGAACGAUGUCCUACCACCUGGCAUUGACGAGCCGGAAACAGAUCUGGUGGCGCGUCCAUUGGACAGUGCGGCUCAGCCAGCCGACGGGGCAUUACCCAAGGAUCUAGCCGAAGCCCUCAACAUUAUAUUCCCAAGUGAGGGGUCGGCGGCGGAGGCUGCGGACGACAGCAGUCAGUUGCCAAGUGUGCCCCAAACAGUUACCACCAUUGUCGAGGACGAGCCGGUUCUUAGUGAGCACAAUCUUCAGGACUUGGCCAAGCAGGGAAUCCAUCUAGUGACCAUUCAGGAGGCAGAAGCCUCAAAGUCUGUCAAUUCAUCGGCAAAAGAUCCUAAGAAAGACAAGGAAUCUCCGGCACUUAACGGAAAAACUGAACCACAAGCCAAAAGCCUUAAACAGAUCGAAGCAGAUGACAUUCCCAUGCCGAGCUCGCCUCCAUCCGCUCCACCAGCCGAGGAGGUUAAAAAGGGUGAGCCCGUCACGAAACAGACGGAGAUCUUAGACAUACCAGAGCCGAAGGAGUCGCUGUCGGACAGCGAGAAGCUGCGCCGCCAGGCGGAGCUAGACGAGCUGGCCAUGCUCGGAAUCGAUAGCAGCGACAUGGCGGCGCAAUUUUCAUCAUAUGCUUGAUAGUGACAUUGUUUUUAACCUAUAUCCGUACUCAUAGAUGCGAUGUAAUGUUUGAGUCGGCUAUUGCCGCUGAGAACGUCAAUAGAGGCAGGCCACCCACACGGAUUGACGAACAGAACAGAACAGAACAACGAUGGACGCAUUGGGUAGGCCGCCGCCAGUGGAGGAACAGUUUAAGCUUUUAGUUUCUUAACAAUGUAUGAGUGUUUCUUGGACGAAUUGUUUUUAAUAAAUGCACAUAUAUGUAUGUAAUAUAUGUAUGAA